AUGAGCUCUUCCCUGAACAAAGAUGACAGAAUAAACAAGAGGGCCGAAGAGGAAAAAAGUGACACUCAAAUAGAUCAAACUCAUGUGAGCAAUACUGAAGAAGAUGUGGUCAGUAGUAAGAAUCAGGAAAAGGAGUGCCAACAACAGAAGCAACUGCAAGAAGUGGAGGAAGGUGAAAUCCUAUCUCCUAUUGUUGAAAGCACCCCAGGUCUACCCUCUUAUAUUAAGAAUCAUAAAGGUAUUGAUUUAAUUGUUGAGCUGAAUUGUGAUCCUAGCUCAAAAGGUGAAGAAAUAAAAGGCACACAAAAAGAGGAAAAAAGGCAGGAAAAAGAAGGUAUCAACAGUCAAAUUGUUAGUACCAAAUCCAUGGAUACACAGCAAACAAAACAGAAGAAGAAACAGAUGGGAGAGGGCAACCUACAAGCAGUUUCAGAGGAGUCAAAAACUACAAACAAGGAGAUUUAUGAUACUAGCCAGAGCCACGGAAAGGUGCUGGUUAAGAACACAAGACGUAGAAGCAAAACUAAGAAAACUAUUAAGGAAAAAGGCAAAGACAUCAAAAAGAAGUCUGCUGCUAGAAGCAAAGAAAAACUUCAAAGACAAAGUGCCCCGCCCCCUAAUAUCAUCCAUGAUUAG